GGGGCGGGGCGGUGCUUCCGCCUGCGGGAAGCCGCGCCGGGCCGCUUGGAGGUGCCCGGCACAGUCGGGAGUUUGCGCCAGCUACCGCCGCCGUCUGUGCGGCCCGAUGAGGGGGGCGAUGGAGCUGGAGCCUGAGCUGCUGCUGCAGGAGGCCCUCGAGAGCGUGGAGGCGGCGCAGAGCUACCGGCGGGAGCUGGGUCACCGGCUUGAGGGGCUGCGGGAGGCGCGGAGGCAGAUCAAAGAGAGUGCAUCACAGACAAGGGAUGUUCUCAAACAGCAUUUUAAUGAUUUAAAGGGAACCCUUGGGAAGCUCCUGGAUGAGCGAUUGGUGACCCUUUUGCAAGAGGUGGACACCAUUGAACAGGAGACCAUUAAACCACUAGAUGACUGCCAGAAGCUCAUAGAACAUGGAGUCAGCACUGCAGAGGACUUAGUCCGAGAAGGUGAGAUUGCCAUGCUUGAUGGUGUGGGAGAAGAGAAUGAGAAACUGUGGAGCUUUACCAAAAAGGCCUCGCACAUUCAGUUAGACAGCUUGCCAGAAGUACCUUUACUGGUUGAUGUGCCUUGUUUAUCUGCUCAGUUGGAUGACUCAAUUCUUAACAUAGUGAAAGACCACAUUUUUAAGCAUGGAACAGUAGCAUCUCGCCCACCAGUACAGAUAGAAGAACUAAUAGAGAAACCUGGAGGCAUCAUUGUACGAUGGUGUAAGGUGGAUGACGACUUUACAGCCCAAGAUUAUAGGCUCCAGUUUCGUAAAUCUACUUCAAAUCAUUUUGAGGAUGUAUAUGUAGGUUCUGAAACUGAAUUCAUAGUAUUGCACAUAGACCCCAAUGUUGAUUAUCAGUUCAGAGUCUGCGCCCGAGGAGAUGGCCGACAGGAGUGGAGUCCUUGGAGUGUCCCCCAGAUAGGUCAUUCCACAUUGGUGCCUCAUGAAUGGACAGCUGGAUUUGAGGGGUACAGUCUGAGCAGUCGAAGAAAUAUAGCACUCCGGAACGAUUCUGAAUCAUCAGGUGUUCUCUACUCCAGAGCUCCAACUUAUUUUUGUGGGCAGACAUUAACAUUCAGGCAAGUAGAUACUAAAAUAUCUCACCUGCCUCAGGAAGCAGAAAUGACUCUUUACCUUAACAUUUUAGGAGCAGUUUUUGUCAAUGGAAAAGAAAUGACAAAUCAGUUACCUGCAGUUACUUCUGGGUCCACUGUAACAUUUGACAUUGAAGCCGUGACUCUAGGAACCACCAAUAGUGAAGGUGGAAACUUCAAGCUUCGAGUAACUAUAAGUUCAAAUAACAGAGAAGUGGUUUUUGAUUGGUUACUUGAUCAGUCUUGUGGUUCUCUUUACUUUGGAUGCUCAUUUUUCUAUCCUGGAUGGAAAGUGUUAGUGUUUUAGAUGUUUGAGUGCUUGGCUUUUGUUUUCAGGGUUUAACGUAGCUGUCCUCAGCCCAGUGUGAUUGUAAUCGCUUUUUUAAAAAAAAAGUUGAAUUCAUCUCUAACCUAGGCCAUUGGAAAUGGAAAGUGUUUACUGGAUUCAUUUUGUAAUAUUUUAGCAAAAAGAGGCUUGAAUGUUGUGGACAAAAUCAUAAUUCAGUCCACUUUUUUUUAGCAUACUGUUAACUAAAGCAUUGCAUCAUAAUAAAAACCAAAUUGACUAAAAGUAUGAGAAGAUGUAGAAAGUUCUAUACCCUUCCACUGUACUUCUUACAGUUGGUUAUUAGACCAGGAAAAUUUAACAUAAUAUUAUAUUUUAAAUCAUCAUAAAGGAUCCAAGUUUCUUUAGAAUAAAACAAGAGGAAGAGAUCAGAAGCUGUGUAAUAUAUUAAUUUGCUCAUAUGCUGUCCAGGUGAAUAUGUUGACUGUGCUCUUCGUGUUCAGGUAUUUGUAAGCAGUGUUGACUUUUAUCCCAUCUUCAAUAAUCUUUAGGUCCCCAAAACAUUAUAAUUUUUUCCUUUCUUUGUGGUGGGGGUUGUGGGGUAAGGACAGAGUCUCGCCCUUGUCGCCCAGGCUGGAGUGAAAUGGCAUGAUCUCAGCUCACUGCAACUGCCGGCUCCCAGGUUCAAGUGAUCCUCCUGCCUCAGCCUCCCAAGUAGCUGGGAUUACAGGUGCCAGCCACCACACCUGGCUAAUUUUUGUAUUUUUAGUAGAGAUGAGGUUCACCAUGUUGGUCAGGCUGGUCUCCAACUCCUGACCUCAAAUGAUCCGCCCACCUCCACCUCCCAAAGUGCUGGGAUUACAGGCGUGAGCUACCCUGCCCAGCCUAGGCUACAGUAUUUUUACAGGGUAAAGCUACUUAUGGAAGUAGUAUGCACAGCAGUGUUAGCCAUUUCGAAUGUAUGAAAUAUGCCCUUGUGUGUAUCCAACCUGCCUGUGACAUGCAUUUUACUCUUUGCAGAGUAUGACCUGCAGUCCAGUUUAAUGUCAGUUUGAUAAGUGGUCUCUUAGUGGACCAGAAAAAUAUAGGAAAUAACCUAUUUUUUUGAAAACUUAAAUUCGUGUGUAAAAUAUUUAUUUGAAAGACUUUAAUAUGUAAAAACAAUUGUCUUGCUAUGCCAGCCUACAGAUUUUAUUUUAAUGUGAAUUAUUUUUUUCAUUUUUACCAGUAGUAAAAAAAUAGAAAAGCAAGUAUGAUAUUUUUGUAAGAUAAUUUAUUUGGGGGUUCAUGUUCCCUGUUAGACAAUCAUGACCUUUUCUCCUUGUCUUUUUAUGUAUAAGUAAGUAGAUUUUCACUUGUUUAGGGAUUAAGAAGAUGUUCUAGAAUGUAGAUACCUUGUCCAUCCAUCAGAAUCAAAAUAAAAAACUAAAAG